GUAGUCGAACGAACGGAACGAAAUGAAACGAGCCAACGACAAAGUACAACUAAAAACAGUUGAAGACAGGCGCGGCGCGGUAUCGUGCGUCGUAUGUUUGUGUAAUGUUCGUUUAACAUACGAAAUAUUGUCACGGUUAUUAGAUAAGUAAGAAAAAUAUAUAAAUAUAGAUAUUUGUUAAAAAACGACGCGAAAUAAAUUGCAUUGCAGUGAAGUGGUGUAAGUGUGAGGUGUGACGUUAUUGAAGGUGUAUACGAGUGUGUAUAUGUCGUGGCGUGGAUCGUCGCGCAAUUAUUAACGAUGAUUCACUUGCGAGCGGGUGAAUUGCAGCCUAUCGGACUUGUUGACAUAUGUUCGGAAGAAGUAAACAAAUGAUAUCAGGAAUAGUCCUUAUUAUAAUGGUGGAUUGAUUUUUAAACCGCGGCCGGUACAAAAGUCGCGUACAAGAUGCCGCUGACACAGGAAAAGCGAAUGGACAAUUUUCCCAAUAGCAAUGAUCACAGUUACCUUCACAAGAAGUUCAAGAAAAUGGCAUCGCCAAUAUCGGUGCUUCCUGUGAACUCUAUGAAAAAUGAGGAAAGUGUGCAUAAGGAAUUAGGAUUUUCACAGAUCACAAGCAGCCCAAACCUAAAAAAUGGAACCAUUUCAGCCGCUCAUCCAGAAAUAGAGAAAAUUAAAGAUAAAUACGCGAACAGAGGUAUAGAAACAGAUAAUAUUGUACAAACUAAUUAUAAUGAUGAAAUCUGUAGGUUAAGUGGUGUUAAUAACUAUGUUCAAAUAACUGGUAAGACCAGUUAUAAUGAUGAAUUUUUAAAUAAGACUGAAAACGGUGAAAUCGAUGUAACUAAAGACACUUACAGUGGAGGAACUGGCCGUUACAUCUGUCCGUAUUGUAAAUUACCAUGUGCCAAGCCAUCAGUACUACAAAAACAUAUCAGGGCUCAUACGAAUGAGAGACCGUAUCCAUGUAUACCCUGUGGCUUUGCCUUUAAAACUAAAUCUAAUUUAUACAAGCACAAGAGGUCAAGGACGCAUGCUCUACGAUCGCAAGGAGCAGAUGUGUCCGUUGCUAUUAACGAAGAGGAUUUAUCUGGAGGUUCCGAAAGUGAUACUUCAUCUACACCAACUUUUAUGUCGGAUCCUACCUCGGAUGCUUCUUUGAUACGCUUCCUUAAUACGAGGCCUAAUGAUUUUUCCUCCCCCGAGCUAGCUAGCGAUGGCAACACACAAAUCAGCUCAAAUUCUUAUAAUGACCAUAAAUCUAAAACAAUUUAUAAGCCCAAGUUCAGAGCAGCGUUAUAUCAGGGAAAUGAUGAUAAAGAUAAGAUAAAAAAGAGUAUUUCACACAAUGCUGAGUUUCUUACAGAACAUAUCUCUAAAAUUAUAUCAGAUAAUGAGGCCAUUGUUGAUGUUAUUGAAACCCCUUUACAAAAAAAAUAUGGUAAAAUUAAACAAAUUGCUGAGAGUAAGCAAUUCUCAACGGAAAUCGAUAUAAAAUCUGAAGUGACGCCUUUAAAUUUAACAAAAAACAGUUACGAAACAGAGAGCUUGAUAAGAAAAAGAUCGCAUUCGGAAAGUUUCGCACUGACUUCUGACGAUCACAAGCAUCCGUUGAAUCCAGAGGGAUCAAUAAUAAAGGAUCUUUUGCUAAAAACUAAAGCCAAUGGAUUGAACUCCACCAACAGCUUGACUGGUGAAUUGGUAGAUGGGCUAGGGCCACUAUAUGUGUGUUCACAAUGUCAAAUAGUAUACAGAAGUGCAGACAACUUAGAAAUUCAUAGAUCGUACUAUUGCAAAGGUGCACUUACAAAUAAUUGUAACAUUUCUAGUAAUGUCCCAAAAGAAGCAAAGUAUGUCAGACCAGAUAAUGGUUACGUGAGAAGUAAUUCCAUUAACGUCCGAUUGCCCGAAACAAGUGCGUCAUCAACUAAAGUGAAUUAUUUAAUGAAUUCACCUCCAAUAAAAAACAAGCCAGAUAAUCUUGUCAUAUUAAAAACGGAAUGUAGCGACGUGAUAGCACCGCUACCAUCACCAGGGCCGUUACUUGGUAACACAAGACUUGUUGAUAGCAGACUACCCUCAGAAUGUAAUAAAAAAACGGAGGGUUUGAAAUUGAAAACAAAAGAAUGUAGCCCCAAAAGAAGGUUUGACAGUAGAUCGGAAACUAAUAGUCCGAGGCUUAUAGAAAAUAUAUCUCCUCGUUCAGCUGAUUUGUACGUUCAUUCGAAAAUAAGGUGUGUUGAUAUUAGCUCUCCGUCAUUGAGAACUAUUGAAGAAAUAUCGCCACAUAUAAGACACAAUUCUACAUCGCUUCAAAUGUUCGGAGGUGAAGUUAAAAUAGUCGAUCAUUCUGGCAGCACUACCACUCUCCGAAUCGAACCUAGUAAAACACAGCUAUCACCGAUUCUAAUCCACCAAAACCUUUCGCCAUCUAAAUUUGGAAAUGACUCUGAAGCAAGUAGUGUCGUUGUAAGAUCGGGUCUUCAUUCCGGUGGUACUAUAGUGCAUAAUCCGCCAACACCGAAGGAAGCUAUUAAUAAUCAUCAAGUUCAAACUCCUAGAAUUGCGUCAUCAACCCCGAACGCUCAAAACACGAACGUGCACGUUCAUGAUAUUCCACAUUUCCAGUUCCCGCCGCUGAGUGCUAUAACAGCUUAUAAUCCAUUAACAUUGCCGCCUCUCAGUCCAUCUCCGUCACCAAACGGUGCAACUACUAUUAUGCACGGCGGCAAACUCAUACCUCAUGUUCCCGGGAUACCAGGACCUAAUAUACCUGGUUUAUUCAUGACAAAUAGCAAUUUGCAAAUGAAAAACAGUGAUAGCCAUAAAAGUGUCACGAAAACGACCUCAGAUAACAAUCAACAUUUAUUAACUCUUAAUGUAUCUACGGGAAAGAGUGUUAUAUCAAACUACGAUAGGAUUCCUAACAACUCGAGAAGUCCAAACAUCAGAUCGAUGAAUAUGGAAGUAGAACAUAACAUUAGUAAUAAAGAUACGGAUAUUCAAAAUAUGUCUUCAAUGCCAAUAAUUAAAAUAAAACACGUCGAUGAACCUAUAUUAAAGAAUUUCUCUUCUAGUUGUCUUCUGAAAUCGAUUAAGAGAAAUGCCGAUGGAGUACCCAAACAUCCUGUAUUAAAGGAAAAUACGAACACAUCAUUUAAUAAGACCAAAAACAAAGACUCUCACGUUCAUCCGUCUCAUAAAGUUAUCGAUAUAAAAGCUGAGAAUGAUAUAAAGAAUUUCAAUUUCGAAAACUUCAUCACUAAAGCCGAAAUAUACAAUAAUCAAAUACAAAAUAAAAUCGACAUCGAAAGAAACAGUAAUGUUUCGGAAACCUUUGUGACUUCAGUGCAAAAUGAAAGGUCAGAGACAUCUUAUUUUCAGAAGAGUUCAAUAUCAAAGUCUAAUUCUGAGGAGAGAAAACCGAAAUUUCUUAGACCAUCUACUCUACCUCUAAAGCCGGGCACGUUUACCCCAAAAAGACAUCACGGCAUAACGCCCAAUGCGAACACAAUGCCAUUGGUGUCACCAGAAACCCCACGCCCAGCAAAAGCAUACGGACAACUUUAUUUAAACGGAAAUGCAUAUACAUAUCUGGGUUUGAAAUGUUCAACAAAAGUAUUUUAUUGCACUAUCAAUCGUCCACAGCCCACAUACGUACCGAACCAGCAUUUCCUAUCCAUGUACAGUAACUGGCAGUUAUUAUCUGAGUUGACGCCAGACCCGCUGGGAUUGUCAGCCUCGUCUGCUAUGUCUCUAUAUGACUCACGUCACAGACCGCAGAGCUUGGCCGUUUCUGUAAUCAAACAGGAUCUCAUUCUGACUCAUUCAUCGCAAUGGAACAAAAAUUCGAAGGACGGCAAACAGGUGAUAACUUCUAUAGUCAAAAAAUCGGAGGAGAUAAAAAAUAUUUCCGAUAACACAGCUACAUCCAAGAAAGAAUUAACUGGUGGAUUUGAAAGUAACGAGGAAUAUACAUAUGUUCGCGGACGUGGCAGGGGACGAUAUGUUUGUUCAGAAUGUGGAAUAAGAUGCAAAAAACCAUCAAUGUUGAAAAAACAUAUCAGGACACACACUGACGUCCGACCGUAUACAUGCGUCCAUUGCGUUUUUAGUUUCAAGACGAAAGGGAACUUAACAAAACAUAUGAAAAGCAAGGCACAUUAUAAGAAGUGCUGUGAGCUAGGAAUAAAUCCAAAUGAAGGGAACGAUGCCGAAGGCUCUGAAAUGGCGCAGUGUUCCGGUGAAACUGAUGAUGAAACGGAUUCAGACGGUGAUGAGGGAAAUGAGGGUGAAACAGAAUCCAGUGAUACAGAGGUUUUUAAAUCUCGCUUGCCGGAACACGAGGCUGCUCACUGCUUGCUAUCUCUCGGCGGCAGUAGACCUGCCACCUCAGCCACUCCGGGCUUAAUAACUAGCGCUAGGCCUACAACGUACCCCUACACUCCUAUGUUAUUAGAAAAUACGUUAGAUGUUGAUCAAGAUAAAGUCGAGAGUGUAAGAACACCCUCUACUGAUUCUAGAAUAGAUACGGACAAUGAGCCCAUGGAUCUCAGUAAAAAUGAAUUAAGAACUCCAACGAGCGUGAUGGAAAUUCCCACUGAAAGAGAAUCUAGCGUCAUGGCCUGUUUGGCUUCCAAUACUGCGAAGCUUCCCCAUCAUCAAUCACAGUGGACCAACGGAGAGCCAAUGUUGCACACGUAUCUAACAGAAAGGGCACUUUUAGAUUCUAAGAUUAAACAGAGCCAAUUAACAUGUAAUUCUAAAAUAAGGAAGAUUGAUCUCGAAAAUUCUUUAUACCUUGAAAAAGAAACCGCUGAACAGGAAAUUUCGAAUCCAAGAAAUGUUCUUGAUACGAUUACAACAACAACAGCAUUUUCUAAAGAUGAGUCAGUUUCUAUUGAUAAUUCUCAGAAUUGUUUGAAUCUAACUAGUGAAUCCAGAGCUCGUACACCUAACAACUCCAAUCCAGAAAAUGCUAAACAUGUUGUGUCCGAGUAUUUAAAACAUGCUAGGAUAAAUCAUAUGAAAACUCUCGACGAUCCUAACCAUUUAGAUAUAUCCAGUGACGACAGCAACAGUGGCAAAGUUAACAUAGAAGAAAAGACUAAGGUAGAUGAGGUCUCAGACUGUGAUGGAAUGAAAUUAUCUUCUUCAGAAUACGAUCCUGUAGCUUCCAAAGUAGUGAUCGGAGUCGGGGGAGUAUUUAAAGUGACCAAAGGGAAAGAGUUUGACGGAUCGGCUUCUUACUCGCCAGGAAAACUCAUGGAAGAUGGACGUAGAGUUUGUGAUUUCUGCAACAAAACAUUUACAAAACCUUCACAGUUAAGGUUGCAUCUAAACAUACACUACAUGGAGAGGCCGUUCAGAUGUAGUGUUUGUGCUGUUAGUUUUCGUACCAGAGGUCAUCUGCAAAAGCAUGAGCGUUCUGGGUCCCAUCACAAUAAAGUGUCAAUGACCUCAACUUUCGGGGCAGCGACAUCGUGUAAUCCUCGACCUUUUCGUUGUUCAGAUUGUAAUAUAGCAUUCCGAAUACACGGACAUCUCGCCAAACAUCUCAGAAGCAAGAUGCAUGUGAUGCGUUUGGAGUGCUUAUUCAAAUUACCGUUUGGAACGUUUACGGAAAUAGAACGUGCUGGUCUCAGUCUAACAGAUAUAGAUACGACAGAUUGUGCCAGUUCCUUGGCUAGUUUGCAAUCUCUCGCCAGAAAAUUACAUGAAAAGGACCCAUCGAAACUUGAGUACCGAGAGCCAAGUGGGGCAGCGCUUAACCUACCUGCAGGGAGGGAGUCUUCUGAAGACGAAGAUGCUUUAGUUUAUUUAGAAAAGACCUGUGACAGUUUAAAAGAUAGUGAGAUAAAAACGAUUGAAAACAGUGACUGUCAAGAAACAGAAACUCGAGUUAAUUAUAGUGCCACAGAUAAUUAGUGCCAAAAUUAUUUUAAGUAGAUUAUUUUAAUGUGCAAUUUUUGUUUAUUUUUUAAUUUAAGGUGAAAUUAUUAAUCAUACUGGGGUUUAACUCAGCUACGUGUGAAAACAAAAUGAUGCGCUUUAAUUAUAUACAUAUUUGUAUUUUUUAUAUAUAAUUCUGGGAAGUAUCAUGUAAAUAUCUCAAAUUGAACUAAUUUUAAUAUUGUUAUAUUUGCUUCCAGUAUAAGGCUUACAUAUUGUUACACAUAAAUCUAAAUAGGAUAUAUAGUUAUGUGGAUAGUUGUUAUUCUUGAAUUUGAGAAACUGAUUUGUUUUUAAUUGGAUAUUUAAAUAUUAAUGUAUAGUACUGUGAGGUCCACAAUCUAUGUGAAGAAUUAAGAGAAAAAAAAAAUGCUUGAAAUAUCAAUGAAACAUAUUACACUAAAAAAAAGUAGUACAGUAGUUACUUAUGAGUCUUUGUAUGUAUUUUUAUAAAAUAUAUACCACAAUGUAUUUACACUGAACAACUUCUACUUCCAAAAUACUUUAAUGUAUCUUUUAAUGUAAUUGGCAUAUCAACUUCCAUAAACGAAAUUAGGUAAAGAUGUUUCGAAGUCUUCCAUAUCGAAAAAAAUAGUUCUUGUGCUAGAAAUUUGUUUUAUACUAGUUGUUUUACAUUUGGGUAAAUAUUUGACUUGAGACAUUUUAAAUCUUUUUCAAGCCUUAUUGAGCCCAAAUUCUAAAUAAAAAUGAUUUUAUAUGACAAAAUUUGUAUUUUGCAAGAUUAUAAAGUAUUCUCUACAUUAAUCUUUAUGUAUAAGAUAGGGAAUGUAAUUUGAUUGAUAUACAAAUAUUUAUAUAUUUUUGAAAAGUGCUAAAGUUUUUUUUGUUUUUUUUUCGGCUUAAAUUUCUAUUAUAUGUUUAACAAACAUUCAUAUGGGACGGUAAAUUUUUUAGAUACUAAGUAUCAAUAAAGAUUUUAAUUUCUUUAGUAAGACUAUUGAUGAUAAAUAUACUCAACUCAUAACUAGUGACAUAUUUAUAAAUGUAUAUUGUAUUAUUAGGUAUAAAUCAAUACAAACAUGUCAAAUAUUUGCCCAUUUAUUGAUUAUACAUGCAUUAUAAUAUGAAUGGAUAUUUUUUAUUGGUAAGAUUAAACUAAAUGUAAACCUUUAAA